AUGGUCAAAGCCCGCAAGGUGGCCGUUGUCGGCUCUCGUUCAGUAGGUAAGUCAUCCAUGACUGUUCGCUUCGUGGAAGACCGGUUCGUGGACUCGUACUACCCCACCAUCGAGAACCAUUUCUCCAGAACCAUCACCUAUAACAGCCAGGAGUACGCCAUCGAAAUCUUGGACACUGCUGGCCAGGACGAAUUCAGCAUCAUGAAUGAAAAACAUUUGAUCGGCAACCACGGCUACUUGUUGGUGUACUCGGUGACGUCGCGCCAGUCGUUCGAGCUCAUCGAGGUGAUCCGUGACAAGAUCUUGAACUCGAUCGGAACGGACGACAUCCCUCUCAUUCUCGUGGGCAACAAGUGCGAUUUGAACUACCAGAGGCAGGUGGAAACUGCCGAGGGCGAGGCGUUGGCCAAGUCGUUCAAGUGCAAGUUUCUCGAGUCGUCGGUCAAGGACAACUUGAACAUCGACAGUGCGUUCGAGGACUUGCUCGAGGCCAUCGAAAACAUCCAAAACCCCACCGUCAAACAGGACGACAAAUGCGCCAUCAUGUGA